UUAUUAUUUUUAGUCAUAAAUACUCUCUCCUUUUAAAAAAUAAGUUAAAUGUUUUUUAUAUUUAAUAUGAAAUUCGGUAUAAAACUAGGUACAUGCACAAGAACCGUACCAACAUGCACGUGCUGAACCUUCCCCUUCCUCACUUCCACAGUAACAAAAACCACACCACACUCCAAUUACACUUUCUUUCCCAUCUUCAAGAAACACAUUCCCACAAUUCCAUUCUUUCCGUCACCAUCAGAUAAACAACCAUGGCCAUCGACACUCUCCGUCGAUUCUUUCUCCCCUGUUUCACCCCUUCCACCAACCACAAACAACCAACCACCACCCCUUCCAAGAAACAACGCCUAAGCACCUCCCUCCGCCACACAACAACAACAACCAAAACAGCCUCCCCUUCCUCCUCCACCUCCUCCUCCUCCGCAGCAACCACAAUCUCCACCACCGCCCCACCCCGCCCUUCCAAAUCAAUGGUAAUCGGAACCAUCUUCGGUAAUCGUCGAGGCCACGUUUGGUUCUGCGUCCAGCACGAUCGUCUGACCCCCAAACCAUCCCUCCUCCUCGAACUCCCUCUCUCUACUAACAACCUCGUCCGUGAAAUGCGGAACGGGCUCGUCCGUAUCGCACUCGAAUGCUGCACUUCGUCCGACAAUCCCGCUUUCUCUAACUGCCCCCUCCGUUCCGUCCCUCUCUGGACCGCCUUCUGUAACGGCCGUAAAAACGGAUUCGCCACUCGCCGCCGCGCCGGAGAUCGCGUCCGAACAAUCCUCCAAACUAUGCAGUGUGUCACCGUCGGAGCCGGUGUUAUACCUUCUGGGUUCGGGUCGGGUUCUGAGGAGCUUAUGUAUAUGCGUGCUAACUUCGAACAUGUUGUGGGAAAUGCUGAUUCCGAGUCGUUUCAUCUUAUUAACCCGGACGAGUCCACGGGUCAGGAACUCAGUGUUUUCUUGCUCCGAUCCCGACUCGGGGUGAAUCGUUGAGCACAGUAAAUAAUCUUUGCGAAGAUUAAACAUUUUUAUUUUAUUUUUAAUUUUGUAAUUUUAACUUAUUUUCAAAGGGGAAUUUUCUGGUACAGAUAAAUUUUUGGGUUAUUUUUUGGCUUCUUGAUUUUUGAAUGUGUUGGGAUUUUCAAUUUUUUUGAGAAUUGUGGUGUUGUUUCCACGUGAGUGAACUGUGUAAAGUUGAUGGGUUCUUCUAAGGCUAAUCUCAUCACUGACGUACAUUGUAUUCUUUUUCACUUUUGUCUAUAAUAUUGUAACUGGAUUUAAGAGACCAGAGUAUUUUCUUGGAAUCUUUAUAUGGCUUUUUUAUUUGUUGGUUUUUAGAAAUUUGAAUUGAUAAUGUUUGAUUUGAUUCA